CUGCGAAUCCAUGGGUCGGUGGUAGAGAGCCGUGGAAACUUCCAGAGCGUGAAACCCGUCAUGUCGUUUUUUAAGAGGAAAGCCAAAAGCAAGGAACCUGAGAGAGUGACAGAUGCUAAAGUUAACAGAGUUGCAGUCAGCCCUCACUCUCCAUCGCUCGGACUGAGGAACCACAAUGCCAUCCAGGAGGCGGCCGGGCCCAGCCAUGUGGCCAUCAACGCCAUCUCUGCCAACAUGGACUCAUUCGCCCGCGGCCGCACCGCCAUCCUCAAGAAACAGCCCAGCCACAUGGAGGCGGCACACUUCGGAGACCUCGGUCACUCCAGCGUGAACUAUCAGCCGCAGGAGACUCGGUCUCGACUAUCCAAGACGGUGGACCAGGUGCUCCGGGACGGCGUGGCCAUGCCCCACUACACGCGCUUCAUGGAGACGCGGGGCGCCGACCACCUGGUCCGGUUCUGGCAGGAGGCCGAGAGUUUCCGCUCCAGCAGCUGGUCCCGCGUCCGGGCGCACAGCCUCAACUCCGUCAAACACAGCACGCUGGCCGAGCCCGUGCCCGUCUCCCCGGACGGCCCGCAGCUCCCAGAGCCGGCCCAAAACUCCCCCAGCGCCAUAGCUCGCUUCAGCGAGGGUCCUCCGGCACCUUUUGAGAGGCGAGGCUCCUCCAGCUCAGAGGCGGGGCUCAGGCCCGGCACCCCCCGAGCAGAGACGCCCAGCAAACAAGCCCCGUCCAGGACGGGAACCCCCUGCAAGGGCCAGUCCAGCAGCAGCCUGAGGGAGCUCUCCGACAAGCUCAUGAAAAGUAUAGAAAAAGAUGCCGUUACCAUCUUCACUAAGUACAUCUCUCCUGAUGCUGCAAGGCCAAUCCCCAUCACAGAGCAGAUCAGAAACGACAUCGUUGCUAAGAUCUGUGGAGAGGACGGCAUGGUGGACCCCAACUGCUUUGUCAUUGCACAGUCCGUAGUCUUCACCAUACUGGAACAGCAGCACUUUAGCGAGUUUCUCCGGAGCCACCAUUUCUGUAAAUAUCAGAUCGAAGUGUUGACUAGUGGCUCCGUGUUCCUGGCUGACAUCUUGUUCUGUGAGUCAGCUCUCUUCUACUUCUCCGAGUUCAUGGAGAAGGAAGAAGCUAUGAAUAUUUUGCAGUUCUGGCUGGCAGCAGACAACUUUCAGAACCAGCUUGCGGCUAAAGAGGGCCAGUAUGAUGGCCAAGAGGCUCAAAACGACGCCAUGAUCCUUUACGACAAGUAUUUCUCUCUCCAGGCCACCAAUCCUCUGGGCUUUGGUGACUCUGUGCGGAUGGAGAUAGAGUCAAAUAUCUGCAGAGAGGGAGGGCCUCUCCCCGACUGCUUCACCACUCCACUCAGGCAGGCCUGGACAACAAUGGAGAAGGUCUACAUGCCCGGCUUCCUGUCUAGCAACCUUUACUAUAAAUACCUGAGCGACCUCAUCAACUCGGUGCGGGCUGAUGAGUUUGUCAGUGUCAGCAGUCAAAGUCAGGGCGGGCUCACGGACAACGACCGCACGAGUUCAAAUGUCAGCGAGGGCGCGCAGACACAGCACGGGGCCAAAAAAGCAGUGAUCAAAAUCCUGAAGAACUUUGACGAGGCGAUCACGGUGGAUGUAGCCAGUCUGGAUCCAGAGUCCUUGUACCAGCGACCGUAUGCUGGCAAAAUGACUUUUGGGAAGGUGAAUGAGCUGGGCCAGUUCAUCAGGGAGGCAGAGCCGGAGCCAGAUGUGAAGAAAUCCAAAGGUUCCAUGUUUUCUCAAGCAAUGAAGAAAUGGGUCCAAGGCAACUCUGAUGAGGCUCAGGAGGAGAUGGCCUGGCAGAUAGCCAAGAUGAUCGUCAACGACGUCGUCCACCAGUCCCACCAUGACAGUCCCGGUAAAUCUACCAAGUUAUGA